UCGCACUUACGCUUGCGCACGAGCAGCCGCACGCUUCCGGUAUGGGUCAGCUUGCCGUACAUCCGGGCAUUUCAAGCGGAGGCGGAAGUGUGGCGUGACAGAAAUGUCAGCACCAUCAAUGAAGGAAAGGAAGGUGUGCUGGGAAGCCCGGGAUGAAUAUUGGAAGUGCUUAGAUGAAAGUAUGGAGGAUGCAUUUAAGUGUGAGAAGCUUAGGUGCUCUUUUGUAAAAGCAUGUCCACAGCAGUGGGUUAAAUACUUUGAUAGAAGAAGAGAUUAUUUAAAAUAUAAAGCACAGUUGGAAACAGGAGAAUUUCAGCCUUCAGAGACAACCAAGACAUAGCUCUUCGACACAAAGGAGGUUGCAGAAGCAGCAGCAGCAGCAGCAGCAGCAUGAAACCUCGAGUGUCAGCAGGAGUAAAGGACAGUGACAGAAUCUAAAUAAAGUGCAAGACAAUGUGUUUAUCUGGUAUUGAUACGAAGGCUCAAGCUCACAUUUCUUGAAAGUGCUUGCCGAAGAGGCACACCCACUAUAAUGACUGAAAAUUCACCACCACGAAUACAGCAUAAAUAGGUGUGCCGAUUAAACUUAAUAAUGCUCAGAA